AUAAUUUAAGUUGCCUGACUACUUCGCUCCGUAUCCGUUAUCCAUACUGUCCCGCCGGUCGGAACUCAGUCGCUAACGCACCGCGAGACGUUUUGCACAUUGCUACUGCCUAGUAUUCAAAUAUUUUCCUAAAAGAUGGGUCUCGAAAUCAAGUCUGUCCUGGUAGUAGAUGGUGUAGGUCCCAGAUGCGCAGAGAUUCUAAACUCACAUAACAUCAAAGUAACUACAAAGGCGAAGAUAACCAAAGAGGAGCUAUUAAAGGAAAUUCCUAAUCACGAGGCUUUAGUAGUGAGGUCUGCGUCCCAAGUGACUAAGGAAGUUUUGGAGGCAGGCACUAAACUGAAGGUUGUAGGACGUGCAGGCGCCGGUGUCGACAAUAUCGACGUUGAAGCUGCUGGAGCAAAGGGAAUUGGAGUUAUCAAUGCGCCAGGUGCCAACGCCUUGAGUGCUUGCGAAUUGACUUGCGGUCUCACUUUGGCGCUGGCGCGACACAUCGUUCCAGCUGCUGCCGCUUUAAAAGAUGGCCGAUGGGAGCGCGCUCAAUACACGGGCACUGAGGUGUUUGGCAAGACCUUAGCUGUUCUUGGACUGGGUCGCGUUGGCAGGGAAGUUGCAGUCCGUAUGAACGCAUUCGGAAUGAAGGUUCUCAGCUAUGACCCGUACGUACCAGUCGAUGCAUAUGGAGAGGACUAUGGUGUCCGCAUGGAGCUUAACGAGAUGUGGCCCCUCGCUGAUUACAUAACCCUUCAUAUGCCACUCAAUGAUUCAACUCGCAACUUUGUCGACGCUAAGGUCUUGAAGCAAUGCAAAAAAGGCGUGAAAAUCAUUAAUGUAGGCAGAGGCGGCCUAAUUCAAGAGCGUGAUUUACUAGACGCACUGCAAUCUGGACAGGUUGGCGGUGCAGCUCUCGAUGUGUUUGAAAAAGAACCGCCCACAGAUCCAUUGACGUUAGAAAUUAUCAAACAUCCUAAUGUAUUAGCGUCGCCGCAUCUUGGUGCAUCUACAAAAGAAGCUCAAGUCCGAGUUGGAGAGGAGAUCGCAGAGCAACUUGUGAACCUGGUCAAACCUGGCACCUACCUAACACCCCUCGCAGAAGUAACACGCAUUUUGAAAAAAGCCUAGUGUGUCAUUCCAGUCUGGGCGAUAUUCUUAUAAAUAAGUUUAAGUUAUCUUUUAUAAUACUAUGUUAAGUAUUACAAGAUUUUUUUAAUUGCUACUGCGAAAAUCGCUGGAUGAUUUUGACGCGCAUCGCAUUUUUCGUUUUCACAGACAAAUAAAUUAUAAGAAACUCAAAACGCAAGUGACCUGCGCGACUGCUUAUAUUUAAUAGUUUUUGUUUAUAAUGCUUUUUUAAGUUACUUUUUUUAUGUUAUGAUUCUUUAAGUUUGUCACAAAGUGUCGUUUUGUUAUACCUAUUGCUAAUAAAGUUGCAUUUUCAGUACAGUCUGAAUACGUAUUAAGAGGUUAACACUGGGAUUCGAAAACAUUAAUUUCACAGUGCAUACGAAUGCGCGGUAUUGAUCUAAUAAUAUCAUGUUCAAUAACUAAAGAUUUUAACUAAGUUUUUAAUGGUUAAUCUACAGAUUUUAGUAUGAAAACGGUUACAUAUACGUAAUUAUUAUUAAUUAUUAGUCUAAGCACGGAUUGUGGUCACGACACGGACAGAAUUAAACUACCCGCAUUUUUGUUGAAGGCAUUUGACGAAUUCAGAUUCCAGUUUACUCGCUAGCUUAAAACCUCGCGAUUCAAAUUUUUGUGAAACGAAACCGGCUAAUCAGAAUUUAUCAUGCCGGCCGUGACAUUAAACUUGUGAUCAGGAUUCAUGCAUGAAAUUAUUAUCGUAGAAUAUCCGUUUUUCAUUAAAAUUAAUUAUUCUCAUCAUUAUAUGACCCAUACUGUGUGUUCGGAAUUUCGGAUGCAUUGUGAAAACAACAUAGUAAUGUAACCAAUGUUUUUAUAUACUUAGUUUAUAGGUGUUAUCGUUUUAUAAAAGCUUGAAGAACCUUGCUUACUUAAAAAUUCAGCUGCACAUAAGUACCUACUCUCACUUUUUGCUAAAUAAAAAAGUAUUAAAACAU